AUGGAAGGAAAAGAAGAGUUAGGAAAACUAAUGACUGUCGAAGAUAAAGUUGCUAGUGCCAGUGACGUUAAUAGUGAAGAUAAUGACGAUCAAAACAGUGUUAGUGUCUCCCAGUUUUAUGAGAGCAGUGACAGUAAAGUAAAUUAUGCUCUAAAAAUAGACGAUAAUGACACUUUAAGUGAUAUAGAUGAUAUUAAAACCGACACGGCUUCAGCAGAUAGUGAAGAUAGUGCUCUCGGUAGCCUUCCCCCUGAAAAUGCAGUGAAUGAUAGAGAAGAAGAUGGUCAAGAUAGGUCAGACGGAAGUGAUUCAGGACUUGGCUCAGAAACAAUUACAGAAGAGGUGAAAUUACCCCAUUUUAAUAUUGUUAAUAAUGAAGCAGGAGAUUCUACUUCUAGCAUAAAAUGCUCAGAAAUAAACGCCGACAAACAAGAAUCAAGCAGUUCAAAUGCAGAAGCUAUCCAACUAAGUAAGCCAGUUAAGAGCAGUCUCAAAAGGAAAUAUAAUAAUGAAGACAACGAUGCGGAACCCAUUAUCAAGAAGAGAAAAGAGGCAAUAAAAUUUGACAAUGUUACAGUGUUCUAUUUUCAAAGAGCACAAGGCUUUUCAUGUGUGCCCUCGCAGGGUGGAUCUACAUUAGGCAUGGAAUGGGAACAUAGUCAUAUACAAAAAUUUACCUUAGCUGAACAUGCGCUUGAGCAAAGAAGGUUACAUCGUCAAUUAUUACAACAAUUGAAAAGUGAACGUCAUUCUGUAUCUGGUGUGCUACUGUCAUCUAGUGAAGAUAGCGACACGGAAGAAGAAACUAGUGAUAUUUCUGAAUCUGAGUUAGAUUUAGAUAGUUAUUAUUUUCUACAACCUGUACCUACAAGGCAAAGAAGAGCUUUGCUUCGAGCAGCCGGUGUAAGAAAAAUCGAGAAUUACGAAAAAGAUGAGUGCAGAGAUAUAAGAACUUCAAGGGAAUUUUGUGGAUGCGCAUGUAAAGGUGUAUGCAACCCAGAAACCUGUUCGUGUAGUAUGGCAGGUAUAAAAUGCCAAGUUGACAGACUUAAUUUUCCAUGUGGAUGCAGUAGAGAUGGAUGCGGGAACACAAGUGGACGUAUUGAAUUUAAUCCAAUACGUGUGCGAACUCAUUUUAUUAAUACACUUAUGAGAUUAGGUCUGGAAAAAAAGAACGAGGAAAAUCAAGAGGCAAAACGCCAGUGGGCCUCAGCGCAUACAAUGACGAGUAUUUCUCAAUGUAUUCCACACCCUUCCUUUGAAAAGGGGCACUGUCAAACCGCUCAAAAUACCACCAUAUCACACAGUCGAAACAGUACAAGCAUUAUUACACCUCAAAUAGAUUCUUGUUUAAACUCGGGAAAUUUUAUCGGUGUCCGCAACUGUAUGAAUUCAAAUAAUUCUUCUGUUAUAAGUGAGGAUAAUAUUAUCCAGAACAACGGAAAAGAAAGAAGCGUUACAAAUUUUGAAGCCGCGUCUGAUCGCAGAGAUCACGACCCUUACACGUCCAAUAUACUCCAAGGAAAGGGACCGCCUUAUUCGGUAUCGCACGCGAUGGACUUCAACAAUAUACAAAGAUUUCCACGUGACGUAAAUUAUGCAUAUGAUCAACACCACAGCGAGCACAGCCACGGUUUCAAAUCGUUACAGACUUAUUCCGCAACCAGCUUUGAGGAAUUCGCCCAAAGCUCCCACAUAUCAAUGUUCAACCCAUAUGGACACGUUUACACCGCAGAGUACAUACAGAAACCUAGCACUAGUAUGUCAGAGCACAAUAACUCUUUAAAUUAUCAUGGAUUGGCUCAAAGUCAUUACGAUAUGUUUAAAAAUACUAAUGCGUGUGUCAAUAAUGAGAAUAAAACGAAUCCAAGUUACACAACAUUGAUGACGAUGCCAUAUCAAUCUAAUAAUAAGUUGCAAUCUGUAGAUAACGACGAAAAUUGGUUCAGUCAAAAUACUUUAUUAAACUUGGAUAGAACGGAGCAAACUACCCAAGGCACCACGAUCGUAUCGGAGCCGACGCAGUCGUCCGAAGGCGAUCCGAAUGAAUCGUCAGAAAAUUUCGGGGAACUCAUUAAAAAAACUAUGGUAGAGUCCGUUAUUGUGUAG